CGCCGAUUCAAUCUUGUAAUUAAUCAAUCAUAUUAGAUACUGCCUUUAGACUUCCGUUCAUGUAUAUAAAAGGAAUGCAAAAGAAGACGAUAAACAGUUUUCUAUUAAACACAGGAAAGAAUGAAAAGUCCAAACCAUCAAAUCAUUUCAUUGGUGUUGGCUGUAUGCCUGCCAUCAGUCUAUGGAAUUGUCCAGAAAAUACCAACUCCCACUGAAGUACUCGAAUGCUUUUUCUAUAAGUCUUUGAAUACGAGCGUGACUGAAGUUCCCGGAAAGUUAAUCGAAGAUUUCUGUCUCCGGAAAUACUCCCUUUCACAGUUUGAAGGAAAUGCACAGAAGAACAUUAGUGUGGAGGGAGUCCAAUACCUAAAAUCUCUUUUCCGUCAGAUUGAUGCAGAGGCACAAGAAGCUAGAAAUAAGCGGCAGGCCACCGCUACAUGGCGUGUAAGAAGCGAGAUUCGAACUCUGUCUGCGGCUCAGCGGAACAGGAUAUUCGGAUGCUUAAAUCGAUUGAAAAGAGAUUUUACAAUAGACCCCAAUACAAAUACCUACGAUUUAAUUGGAUCUCUUCAUUCUGGACAAGCUGCCCAGCUGAUGCAUAAUGGUCCCGGAUUUCUUGGUAGACACAGUCUUUAUGUGCUUGCAAUGGAAACGGCCUGUCGAACACCCAUUCCAUACUGGGAUUUCAUGAUGGAUGGAGCAAUGAAUGAUCCGACUUCUUCAGCUAUUUGGUCAGAUACUUUCUUUGGAAAUGGGAAUGGACCAGUAAGGACAGGCUUUUGUGGCAACUGGGUUACGCCCCAAAAUACUCCAAUCAUCAGAAACGUUGGUGCAGGUGGUCUUCAAUUACCCAGACGAGAUGCCCUCAGAGCUAUAUUAAGCAGAACAAGAACCAGCGAAAUCACCGAACCGCAACCAGCGAUGAGUGUGUUUUCCAUCGAGGUUCACCAUAAUGCAGUUCAUAAUCACAUUGAUGGUCAUUUUUCAGCCCUUGAUACCUCGACCUUUGAUCCUGUUUUCUGGUUCCUACAUUCAAUGUUCCAUUAUAUGUGGUACAUGUUUAAAAACAAUCAGAGAGCGAGAGGUGUUGAUCCCCAACGAGAUUAUCCUAGAGGACCAAAUGUUCCACAGGGUCAUGAGUUUUUCCAAAGAGUAAACUUUAUGCCUUUUGUAAGACCAAUGACAAAUUUGGAAACUUUUGCUGAUCGUUAUGAUAGAAUCGUAAGUUAUACUCCUUUACCCAGAUGUCCAACGUGUGGAGGAAGUCCGUUUUUGGUUUGUUUGCAAGGUACCUGUGUAGCUAGAUCUGUAAGAAGGACGGGACGAAUUCCCGCAAUUGCCAGACGUCCAGUUGGUUUGUCAAUUACACCUUUUAUUCGAGGCAAACGUAGUGUAGAUGGAAAUAAUAAUGCAGGCUUGCUAAAAAACCCCGAAGAAACUCUCGCUGCAUUAGAUAGAUCAUAUACGAACACAUUCGUAAUUGAUGGUCAUUUUGCUCCUGAAAAUUGGGUUUAUUUGAAUGUUCGUGUUAUAUAUGAACGUCCAAAGGGUGACUUGUUCAACUCAACUGGAUCGGCUGAUGGACAUGAUAUGUAUGAUCCGUCAAGCUUCUCUGAUGGAGGUAAAGAAAUUGGUUUUGAAAACCGUGUCCUUUACAAACAAAGAUGUUCACCGUCGGGUUCUGGGGCCACAAAGAUAUAUGUGCAAUCCGAUGGUUUGAAUUAUCACGGAAAAUACAAGGAAUAUGCUAUUUUAGAUGAACGCCAAGCUGUUUCUUCAGCAAUUUUGCAGAUUGCCGUUCGCAAGCCCUCUGACAAAUACACAGAAACAUAUCUUUCUGCUUAUAAUAGCUGUGGCCGAGUGUGUCGACCGGUAUGUUCCAUUGGAGAAGGUUCCUCAGCUAUUUACAAAGCCUGCUCUGGAAGUUUUAAAGUUACAAAUGAAUUUCCAUUGAUGUACAGCAACAGCUAUGAAAAAGCCAUCAGUUCUCUUUGGCAUCUCAGUUUAGAUGGGAAAGGACCAUUGUUUAGAAAUACAUUUUCUCCGAUCACAUUUAUUUGUGACCAUCAAAAUGCUUGGCCCUGGUCGCAAAACUAGUUUUUAAGUAUUUUUCAUACAUAAAUAUAGUAUUACAAAAUGUCUUUUAAAGGCUAUUGUUGUCAAUAAUCUCUUUGGUUACAUAACUGAAUAUUCUUCAGUUCUUUAAAUUGUAAAUCAUUCAUCGCUUUGUGCCUUAUGAAGGUUGAUUGUUAUAUUUUAAUUUAUUCAUCCAAGUUUUCUUAUUGAGGAAAAUACAGCGUUUUAUGUUUUCUUUAAAUGAGUU